AUGGAAAGACAAACUCUAACAAUAGAAAUCAAUUCGUGGGUUUCGAAUCUACCAAUAAAUAAAGAGUCUAAGAACGUAGUCAAAAUCUAUCCACACGAAAAGCUCGAAGAGACAAUAAUUGAAGACGAAAGUGGAAUUGUAACACUUUUAGAUUCUCCUAAAACUCUACAUGAACCAAAUUCUCAUAUCCGCUUGUUUCCACGUAGCUUCACGCCAAGCCAUCUCUCUCAACUCUUACGUGUUAAACAAGUUACUUGGUGCAGUUAUGUAGAUCAACAUGAACAAGUUCCUUGGUGUAGUUAUAUAAGUGAACUUAUCGCCUUUAGAGUUAAUCAAUCGUUUGAUAAUGAUGUUUCUCUUAGAGAACCUGUUUUCGUUACCGUCAAUGUGAAAUUUGUCCUUGAGAUCAGGUAUAUGAUUUUGUCGCCUGUUGUUUCUGUUCCAAGAGGUGCUUCGGCUGAAGUAUUACAGAGGUUGUCGGAAGAACAGAGAGUGGAACCAACGUGUUCGAUUUGUAUUGAGAAUUUGUCCGGUUGCAUCAUCCGGAUGCCUCGAUGUUUGCAUAUGUUUCAUCAAGAAUGUCUUUUCGAGUGGCUUGGUCGUCAAAACUCUUGUCCCUUGUGUCGGAGGGUUCCUUACGAGGAAGAGGAAGAAGAAGAAGAAGAAUCUGGACCUUGCUUACUUAAAGGUAAUAGAAUUUGUCAGUUUGUGAAAACGGUGUCUCUUCGCUCUUCUGUCACGCUAUUGUUGCCUUUCAGAUUUUUUUUUUUUCCU